GCGUCACCACUCUCUACUCUCAAAUUCAUGACUUGGCGUUUCUUCUGGGAGACAGUGCCGUCUCGUGAAGCGAGGGGAAAGAGCCACGGUGGACUUAUGGGGAUGUGUUGAUGAGGGACAAUUAACCACAUGUCUUUUCCGUUUGGCUGGACUGUGCAUUUUCGAGCUGCCGCGGAGCUGGAGCUGAGGAACAGCGUUGUGCCCGUGUUGUUGUUACCCAGCGUCGGUCAACAUGGCUGAGGAUGACAGUGAAUGGAUCGUAGAGAGCAUUGUUGGCUACCUGGGAAGUCCAGAAUGGGUCAUUCCUGUCACAGACUUCAUGGAAAACAAAUGCACAGUUUUUGACGAUGAGGAUGAAAACAAGUUAUCAUACACAGAAAUCCACCAGCAGUAUAAGAAACUGGUGGAGAAGCUGUUAGAGAAUUACAUGCAGGAGGUUGGCAUCAACGAGCAGCAGUUCCUGGAUGCAUGCACUUCUCCCUUUGCCAAGUCUCAAACUCUGCAGUCUAUGUUCCAGCCAGUUCUGGCUACGGAUGACUUCCAGAUGUUUCGUUCAUUGAUGGUUCAGAAGAACAUGGAGCUUCAGCUUCAAGCCCUCAGGGUCAUGAAAGAAAGGAAUGGGGCCCUCCCAGAGUGCCUGACAGAUGGUGUUGAUGUGAUGACCGAGUUGCAGCAGCAAGAGAUGAAAAUCCUUGAGGAGGUUCUCAAGAAGUCGAAAGAGGAAUAUGAUGAAGAAAUAUCCAGGAGGCUGCUACUAGAGGAGCAGAUUGGUUCUACGUCCAGCAGCUGCUCUGAUAAGCCAGUGGCAGAAAGCAGUGAGACCCAGAAUACUAAAUCUGCUCCCAACCAACAGACCAACACCCCCAAGGUUAACUGCAGUCCUGUCAAAAAAGAGGAGAGCAAGGUGGUUGCUGCAGGUGGUGGACAUGAGAAAAGCUCAGCUAAGAGCAGCACGUCUUCUAAACCCAAAUCAGAUUGUAGCAGUAACAGCGUGCAAUGCAAAGUUCUUCCAGCAGUCAGAGCUCCUGCAAAAUCUGAUGAGCCCUCCAGCACCAACAGUCCUCAUAGAAAAGAGCAGAGCAGCAGCCAGACUGCAGCUGAGUCCUACCUGGAGGAGGCACACAAGGAAGCUGGGUUCUCAAAGCCAUUUACUGAGUUAUCAGCAUCACAGCAGGAGGAGCUCCAGCAGAGGGCGACAUAUCUCCGCCAGCAGCGAGACAAGCUGCACGCUCUGAAAAAAGAACAGCAGAAAACCAGGCAGCCGUCCACACCAGAGGAAGCUCUGACCAACCCCACGCCAGCUCCCUCCACCACCCCGGAGGCAGUUGGGCAGUCCCAGAGGAACGGGACCAGUUCCCCUCCUCCUGCUCCUCCUCCAACACAACACUCUGCUAACUCCUCCAAACAGAAGGAAAUAUCUGCUGAAGAGAGGAAGAAGCUUCAGAAGAGGAAACAUCUGGCUGACAAGCUGAAGGAAGAAGUGAUAAAGAAAUAACUUCCUCUCCAAUGCAAUACUCCUCUUUUUAUCUUCUUUACUCCAGUAAUCAAAUGCACGGCUUCCUUUACACUGCCUCACAUUUUAUGUAACACAGAUCAGGGCUUUGAAAGAAACCUGUCUACACAGCAGAGGUGCAUCUUUUAGGAUUUGGAUAAACAGGCCAUUUGAGUAUUUAAAAAUCUAGUAGUUGGAGCUGUUGAAAGAGAGUUAAGAAAAUAUCCAUUUUAUUUGAAAUCUAAAACUUUCCUGACAUUUCACUGCAGUUACAACUAAGUGCACUAUAAUCAUUUUAACAGAAAGAUGAGUUUUAUUUCCAACUCAAAGUGCUAAAAAUCGCUAAAGCUAGAAUUCAGCUACUCGGUCAGGCAAUCAACAAUUAGCUCAUGUUUUAGCCAUUUUUCUGCAAAACAACCUACCUGAUGGUGUAAUAUGCAUAAGUCAUGAAGGGAAACAUUUCAGUUCAAACAAGAUUUUGCACAAUUGUCUUACAAAGUAAUCUGAAAGGGGCCAGAAAAAUAUCAAUGUUAUUACUUAUAUUACAAACAUUUCUCAAGUGUUUUAAUGCCAUUUUACUAUAAGCCAUGGAAUGAUUUAGGACACUAUCACAAGGUCACUUCUGUGUAGACGACCAUGGCUAUGCGAUGAAUCAGACUGUGGAAGAUUCAGCUGCUUCAAGUCUCAGCAAGUUAUGUGAGAUGGAUGAUGAAAGUACUUGACUGAGAUGGUAUUACAUUAAAGUGGUGGUAAUAUUAACUGGGAUAUGUGUACAGUCUUGCUGUCCACUUUCUUUCCCAGAGGGAAGAAUCUGGUACAUCUUUCACAUUGUAGCACCUCAUUUAUAAAGGUGAACAUGAUUAAAUGUUCAUAAAGGGGCCAAGAGAACGUUGUUGCUUUCCACGAGGAGUGCAGUAUUUAUCUUCAAAGCAAUCAGCAGUCUUCACUUAAAGCAAUCAAGAUGCACCAGUUUCUAUAUAUGUAAUAAAUGUUCUGUAUGCUGUUUAAUAAAUCAUAUUUUAUAGAAAUAA